AUGAAGCCUCUUGGUGUAGUCGCCACGGCGCUGCAAGUCUUGUUGUCUGCUUGCUUGUCUCAAGCCCUCUCGAUCGCAGAAAGUGAUUUCCCUCCGUUGCUCGAUGCUACUCUCGAUGAGCUGCGCUUCGGGUUGGACAACAACCACUUCACAAGUGUCGAUCUUGUACAUGCCUACAUUGACAGGAUCUCAGAAGUGAAUCCUGACUUGAAGGCUGUCACUGAGGUCAACCCCGACGCGCUCUCGAUUGCUUUGGAGAGAGAUACGGAGAGGAGGGCAGGAAUAGACCCUGCUAAGCAGCCUCUCCAUGGCAUACCUAUUCUCCUCAAGAACAACAUUGCCACAGACGAUGGGAUGAACAACACUGCUGGCUCAUACGCGCUGCUGGGUGCCAAAGUCCCUCACGACAGCACCAUUGCCUCCAAGCUGCGCAAAGCAGGCGCCAUUAUUCUCGGCAAGGCUAACCUCUCGCAAUGGGCUUCCUCUAGGGAGGUAGUCUUUCAUGAAGGUUGGUCGGCUCAUGGUGGCCAGGCAGUUGGCGCAUACUUUCCAAAGCAAAACCCCAGAGGCUCAUCAUCGGGGAGUGCCAUAGCAGCUUCUCUCGGCCUCGCCUGGGCAGCUGUUGGGACAGACACAGGUGGAUCAAUCCUUAUGCCAGGGCAUGCGAAUAACGUCGUCGGAUUUCGUCCCACGGUGGGACUAACUUCCAGAUAUCUUGUGAUUCCAUAUUCGCUAAGACAAGACACCAUCGGUACCUUGACUCGGACAGUCAAGGAUGCUGCAUAUCUCAUGCAGGCCAUGGCAGGGCGUGACAAGCAAGACAAUUACACGGAUGCAAUUCCUUUCGACACGAUACCAGACUAUGUUGCAGCAUGCACGAACUCGGGUCUCAAAGGCAAGCGGCUCGGCGUAUCCCGCAACACAAUGGCGACAGAUAUUGAUCCGUCGGCAAACACCGACCCGGAAGCAUUUGAGAGAGCACUGGAUGUGCUUCGCGCAGCUGGCGCAGAGAUCAUUGACAAUAUUGACUUGCCAUGCAACAUCCCCUUCACCGGCCACACCAAAGAGCGCAGAAGUAACCUUGCGUCCAACGACUCCACGGAUGCCAGCUUCCUUGCGGUCUAUUCCAUCGUCGGGGCUGACUUUUUGUCCGACUUGCCGGAGAAGUACCUCAGCCUUCUCAAAGAAAACCCAAACAACAUCACCUCAGUUAGCGAUCUGCGGGACUUUACCAGAGACGAUCCUCAAGAGGGAUUUCCGCGCUUCGACACCACAGCAUGGGAUGGCUUCCUCAAAUUUGGCCUCAACAACACGGACCCGAGUUAUUGGUCCAACGUUACUGCGGAUAGGGAGUUACUCGGACCGCUGUGCUUCACAGGAGCGUUGGAAAAGUACAGGCUAGACGCAAUGGUACUUCCGACGCCGUAUUCGGUCUUGAUGGCAUCUGGCCUCGGGCUUCCCGUCGUCAGUGUGCCGCUGGGUCGCGCUCCUGAUGAUUCUCCCAUCGUUCCAUCAGAUAGGGGGAAAUUGAUACUGUCAGCUCCCAACGGUCCGUUCGGCAUCGCCUUUUCCGGCCCGGCGUUUAGCGAAGAGAAGCUGUUUGCCAUGGCGUACGACUUUGAGCAGCGUACAAACGUGCGUACGUCAGUCAAGCCAUUUAUUACACCCAAGACGGAGCUGGCGCAUGUUGUGCGGAAACGGUGCCUGAGAGAUCCAAGAGGUGCCUGUGGGAAGGAAUUUAAAUAA